AUGGAAGUCGAGAACACUCAAAUGAUAACUAUUAUCAGUUCUAAUACAAUUGAAAGAAAGAAAAGUUUAUGGAUUAUAUUUUUGGCUUCGCUUUCGAUUCUUACUUUAAUUAUUCCAAUCAUUAUUAUAAUACCAGAAAAUGCAAAUGUCGAAGAAAUUCGAACAAUACAAUCGAUAGGAAGAACAUUAGCGACAACACUUCAAAAACAAAUGAAAUGGAAAAAAAAAGGAAUAACAAUUGCUGGAGGAUUAAAGUUUGGAAAGCAAUUAUAUUCUGCGAAAGGAAUAUCUCUCGAUGAUGAUAAUAAUAUUUAUAUUACUGAUAAUAUCCAAAAUUGUAUUGUUAAAUGGAAAAUUGGAUCAAAUAGCGGCGAAAUUAUUGUUAAUGGGGGUUUUGAUGGUGAUCUUGGUGAUGGAUUCAAUCAUCUGGAAGAUGUUAUUAUUGAUAAAUAUUAUAAUAAUUCUUUAAUUCUUUGUGAGCUUUCUAAUAAUCGAGUAAUUCGUUGGUUUCUCGAGAAGAAAACAGAUCCACAAAUUAUCGUUACUGAUGUUGAAUGCUCUAGUUUAGCAUUAGAUAAAGAUGGAUCUCUCUAUGUUGUUGAUCAAAAGGAUAAUAGUGUUAAACGAUGGAAACAAGGAGAGAAAAAUGGAACAACAGUUGCAGGUGGAAAUGGUCAAGGGAGUCGACUUGAUCAACUCUGGAAUCCAGGUUUUAUUCUAAUUGAUGACAAUUAUACUAUUUAUAUAUCAGAUACUUGGAAUAAUCGUAUAAUGAAAUGGGUAAAAAAUGCAACAGAAGGAAUUAUGUUCAAUGGAAUAAUAAAUCCAAACUUCUUAGAAAAACCUCAAGGAUUAGCAAUGGAUCGAUUAGGUCAAUUGUAUAUUGCCGACUCGGAAAAUCAUCGAAUUUUACGAUGGCGGGAAGGAGAAAAACAAGGCGAAAUUAUUAUUAAUGAAUAUGGUAAAGGAAGAUGGUCAGUUUACUUAAAUGAACCCAACGAUAUAUUAUUUGAUAGUCAAGGAAAUCUUAUUGUUAGUGAUAAUGGAAAUAGUCGAGUGCAAAAAUUUGUACUUGAUUUCGAUUAA